GCAGACGAUACACCGAACAUCUACCGAGCCCUCCAAGACUGCCCCUCCGGACCGAUCGUCUUCACGCCCAACACUACCUACAACAUACUCACACCUGUCCAGUUUAAUCACUCCGACUAUAGCGUGCUCAUACAGGGUAACUUGACACUCCCAACGAACGUUACGGCUGUCCAGGCAGCUGUGAACGCAUCGUCGAAUGGGGGGUUCUGGAUUUAUUUCAGCGGGCAGAAUGUAAGCGUCCUGGGGUCCGAAGAUCCUUGGUCCGGAUGGAUUGAUGGUCAUGGCCAACAAUGGUGGGAUGCGGGCAACACCAUCGCGCGUCCUCGGAUGUUUGGCUUUGCAGUUGAUACUGGUUCUCUGUACAACCUGAAGUUCUACAAGCCCAUAGCUUGGGUGGUGAGCUUGGCGACGGCUUCCAACGUCCAUGUCGGUAACACAUUGAUCGACGCGCGAUCAACUGGCUCGUUCCCAUUCAAUACCGACGGCAUUGACGGCUCUGGCUCCAAUCUUCUCGUCGAGGACUCGAUAAUCUACAACGGUGAUGAUGCCUUCACAGUCGGCCAAAAUUCCGUCGGGACCAAGAAUGUCACCUUCCGCCGGGCCUACGUUUCGUACUCGUCACACGGGUUGUCCAUCGGUUCGCUAGGCAAGGACCCGAGUAUGCCGGCGAACGUCUCCGACGUAUUAUUUGAGGAUGUCUUCCUGGAGAACACGCUGUACGGCGCGCGGUUCAAGAGCUGGGUCGGCGGAACGGGUUUAGCGCGGAACGUGACGUAUAGGAAUAUUGGCGUCCGGAAUGUCUCGUUCCCGCUUUACUUGACACAAUCCUAUGUCGAUCAAGAAUACCCCGGUGCACCACGCGUGAACAACGCGUCGGUGAUCAUGCAGGAUUUCACCUACGACAACUUCUACGGCGACAUUAACACCUUCCAUCCAGGCGAUGGCUCUUGCAUCAGUGACCCGUGCUGGUAUGUUUUAUAUUCCGAGGGCGCGGAUGGCACCCAGGCUGCAAUAUUGCGAUGCAACGCAGGAGCGUGCCAGAACUUCACCCUGUCUAAUAUUCAUCUAAGAACACAGAGCGGGGUACCAGCGACAUUACUGUGCAACAAUCCUCCGAUCGAUUCGCCGGACCCUGGCUUCGUCUGCCGAAACGGCACUUUCGUU